AUUAUUACCAGUUUUAUGUACACAAAUUAUUGUUUUUCAAAGAUCCUUUUUCGUGAUCUGUAUUGUACUCAACUAUAUCAAGCAUUAUAAUUAUUCAUUACAAACGUGUUUAAAAAUAGUAAAGUUUUGUUUUUCUGGAUAUACUUAACUUUGGAAUAAAAAUAACUAUUGGAUAUAACUUACUGGAAUUUAUUCAUUUAUAAAUUCUAUAGUAGAUAAAUGAAAUAUGAAGUCUACAAAUUCGAUUGAUCAACAAACUGAUAAUACAAAUUCAAAAGAUAUGAUCAGUCAAGAUUUUGAAUCAAACCAGUCACUUGAAAAGAAUAUUGCAACUGACACAUCCGAGAAUAAAUCAAAAGAGGAAUUCAAUGAUACUAGUGCAUAUAUUGAUGAAAGUGAUGAUGAUACUAUUGAAGAAGGGGAAGAAAUCAUUACUUCAGCAAUGCCACCAACUCAAAUAGUUAAUACUAUAGUUACCACUACUACAAAUCCAGAUGGUAGUUUAAAGCGCACCACGAAAAAAACAACACGUACCGUUCUGACAACAGCAAGAAUACGUAAAGUUAAACUAAAAAAUUUGUCAACCAAUUCAGAAUCCAAUCAGUCAUCAUCCUACUCAAAGAAUCAUCCAGAUAUGUCAAAUAUCAUUAAUUUUACAAAGUAUAACUCUGAAAAAUCAGAUGGUAAUUCGCUUGCGCAAGCGACAUUAGCUAUUAUUCCACCACAAACUGAAGUGAUUUAUCAAGAAAAUGUAAAACCUAUUAGUGAUAUAGAUCCAGAUACUAUGGCACAAUUAAAGCAAUCUCCUGAUAGUGUAACAUCCCAACAAGCUUUUACAAAGACAACUAUGAAGAAGACAGUAAGUGCAACAGCAGCUACUGCUACAUUUUAUGCAACUGGUAGUGAAGUUAUGAAUCCAAAUAUUUUUACAAGUAAUGAAUCCGCCAGUGAAGUUACCUCCGAAAUUAGUAACAAUAUAAAAAGGUUAAAAGAUUGUCAUCAAUCGUUUAGUUUGUCAAGUAUGAAUGAAAAAAAUAAAACGACUUUCAACGAAUCAAAUAGACAAGAUGCAUACGAAAAUGAAAUGAUUAGUACUGAAAAUAAUAAUACGUCAAUGAAAAAGAAUGAUUGUGAAUUUGCAAGAACUAUAACAACAAGAACUGUGACUACAACACAUAGUUCCGGUUCAGCAACUACAACCACUACUACCACGACUACAACUAUGGAUAAUAAUAAUAAUAAUAAUAACAGUACAAGAAAACAGACUACACGAGUUACUAAUAAUUUUGCCAUCACAUUUAAGAAGCCAUUCAGUUUAUUUAGUAAAGAUUUUCGAACAGCUAUUGAAAAUGGUCAAACUAAUCAGAAUACUAGUUUGAACAAAACUGAUAAUGUGGAUACUGAACAAUUAGCAUUGAUGACAAUGAAAGAAUCAGAACGUAUGUUUUCUGAAGCCAAAUCAAUGUUUGCAUCAAAUCAAACAUUAACAUCAGAUAAAGUUUCACAAUCACAUAGUUCAAAAUCAAAUAAUGAAAUAAAUAUUUAUUCAAGAAAUGAUGAUGGAAUUGUACAAGGUUAUCAGUCACGAUUUGCAAAUUUACCAUUAUAUCAAGGUUAUGGAAUAAUUGCUCAUCAGAUUGCAUUGUCGAAUAAAGCAAAUACAGCCAAGAAAUCUACACCUGAAACGCGAAAUGUCAAUAAUGAUGAUGGUGAUGAUGAUGGCAAUGAUCAGCAGACUUCAAUAAAUCUUGUCAGUGAUCCAAUCGAUAUAGGACAAAUUUCAGAUCAAAGUGGAACUGAUAUAAAUUUGGUUGCAAAUGCAUUUGCUCAUUUAUUAGAUGAAUCGAUAUUAAAAUUUUUAUAUGAAGCAACAAAUCAACAACUUGUCAGAUCAGGAUCGUUAAAUUUAUUUGAUCUACCAGCAUAUAUAAGUGGUCUUCCACAAAAUAAAGAGCUGCCAUUGUCUGAUUCAACAGAUGAAGGGACAGUACAUCAAGAAAAUGAAAUCUAUGAUAGUUCUUCAAAUUUAAGUGAUUAUCAUGAUGAUAAAAAUGAAGAAUUAUUCAAACAAAAACAACGAAUUAGUAACUUACGAGAAAUUCAAGGUAAUAAAAGUGUUACAGAAGGUGUUGGUCAAAAAACAAGUCGAUUUGGUGUUGGAGCUCAAGGUGCAUUCCGUGUUGCUUGGUCAGAAAUGCCUGAAGUUGUAGAAAGUAACUGUCUUCAACGCUUAACAAGACAUGAAAUCCAAUUACAAGAAGCCAUGUUUGAAGUGAUUACCUCAGAAGCUUCAUAUUAUCAAAGCCUAAAUGUCUUAGUAAAUCAUUUCUAUCAUGCUCCUGAAUUCGAAUGCGAACCACUACAUUCACCAGUUCAAGGAAAUCAAGUAAAUAACAAAACAGGGAAAGAUUACUAUUCACCAUUAAAUUAUACUACAGGACAACAAGAUGUAAUAAAUACAAAUGAUCAAGUAUUAAGUGAGCCCAGUACACCAUCAGUUAAUACAACACCGAUCGGUCCAACAACCGCUUAUUCUACUAAUACUAUCCCAAACAAUAAUGCUGACUUUACAGAAUUUUGUUCGGAUUUAAACAAUGCGAAUAAUCAGACUACAACACGCCGUCCUUUACUGAAGCCAUUAGAAAAACAUCAUCUCUUUUCAAAUGUACUACUUGUAUGUUUAGCAAGUGAAAUGUUUUUACGAGAUCUUGAAGCAAGAUGGGAAUCUCGAAUGCCAAUAUUGAAUGAAGUAUGUGAUUUAAUAGUGAAACAUGCUGGUGGUGUAAAUUUUGAACCAUAUAUUACUUAUUUAAGAAAUCAAACAUAUCAAAUGGCAACGCUUCGAAAUCUAUGUCAACGGGAUAACUUUCGUUCAGCAUUAGAUAAUUUACAUGCUCAUCCAAUAAGUGGUAAAAAUACAAUCAAUUCGUUUUUAGCACUUCCAAUGCAAAGAUUAACACGUUUAAAAUUAUUAGUUGAAGUUAUACGUCGAUUACAAGAUGCAGUUGUACGAGAUUCCAAAGAUAAAACACUUGAAAAACAUCCUUUUCGUGUACCAAGUGUUAGAGAACGAGAAAAUGUACAACUUGCACUUCGUGAAUUGAAUCGACGAAUAGCAAUUAGUGAUAAACGUCUUAUUAAAGAAGGUGAACUUCGUGAAUGUUUAUCAGAAAAUGGACGUAUGUCAGUAUUACAAAAGUUAACUAUUCGUAAACCAAAUACAUUCUAUUUAAUAUUAUUUAAUGAUAUGUUGCUAAUAACAAAGAAGAAAAAAAAUGAACGUUUUCUUGUUUUGGAUUAUUGUGACCGUGCAUCAGUACAACCUUUGGUUCAACGUAGUGGUGAUCCGUUUAAUUCUGGUACAAAUUUACUAAAGAAUCCUAAGAAUUCUAUUUCUGCCGAACCCCUUUGUCACAUUGAUCCUUCGAAUGAUGAUUUAAAAGUUGUUCCGCAGAAAUUUAAACGGUUGCUUUCACCAGAAUUUGAAGAUGAUGUGAAUAAUAUCAAAAGUAAAACUAAAACGAAACGUCAUAGACAUUUUAAAACUACAGUUGAUUUUAAAAAUUUGUCCGAUUCAAAUAAUAAUGAUAAUAAAGAUGAGACAAAUAUAAUUCUUAGUCAUAGUGAAACAAGUGAAUCGAAUAAAGAAUGCUCCAGUUUGAAUGACAAUAAUCAUAUGAAUAACUUGGCGAACAUCUCUACUCAUGAUACUAAUACUACAACAAAAGCAGCAAACUCUCUUAUUACCAGUAGUCUUAACACAAGCAAAACAACUAAACUAUCCAGAUCUGGAAGCAGUUUGAGUGGUUAUCAAUUACGUUUCAAUCAAGAAAAAAACAGACAUUUAAAAUCAAGUAUAUUUAAUACAUCACAGCCAAGUACUCCGGUUAAUUGUAAAACAAACAUUAUUCACUUAAAACUGCUUGGUAGUCAUAAUGGGACUUGUCUUGAACUAACCCUUUCAACUAAUGACAAGUAA